CGCGGUGCGUUGUAGGGCCGCCUGCAGAGUAUGGCCGGCAGGGGUGCGGGCAGCGGCCCGCAGGGACCCGCUGUGGCGCAGCCGCCCGCCGGCGGUCACCUGUACCCCGUGGCGAGCGCCGAGAGCGAGGGCCUGGAGGAAGAGGGUGAGGUGUCGGAGCUGCGGCCGCGGGGCAGGGAGAAGGUCCGGCGGAGCACGUCCAGGGACAGGCUGGAUGACAUCGUGCUGCUGACGAGGGACAUCCGGGAAGGGGACACGCUGAACGCGAUCGCGCUGCAGUUUUGCUGCUCGGUUGCAGAUAUCAAGAGAGUUAACAAUCUUAUCAACGAUCAAGAUUUCUUUGCCCUGAGGUCUGUCAAAAUUCCAGUGAAAAAGUUCAGUGUAUUGACUGAAACGCAUGUCUCUCCAAAAGGAAGACAAGUCCUUCGGCCUGCUCUCUAUUCCCCAGAAGUGCAGGAAACGUCACUUUCUGAUAAAUUCUCUGCUAAUGAGACUGCUGGCAACUUCUUAAAAGAAGUUGAUCGAGAUAUAGAAGAAAUAGUGAAGUGUAAUGAUACAAAGAGAGAGAAUCUUAAUGAAGUUGUUUCUGCUUUAGCAGCCCAACAGGUCUGUUUUGAAACUGAUGGUAAAACUAAAAAAAGCAAGGAUCCUUACUAUGGAGCAGACUGGGGUAUAGGAUGGUGGACAGCGGUAGUGAUUAUGUUGAUCAUUGGCAUAGUAACUCCAGUUUUUUAUCUCCUGUAUUACGAAGUUCUGGUGAAAGCAGAUGUCAGUCACCAUUCUACAAUGGAAUCUUCCCAUUUGUUUGUCACAGCAGUAUCGCAUCAGAAACAAAUAGAAAAUGGAAUAAAUCCAGCUAAUAUUAUCAAUGUUGAUAAUCAAGGAGACUUUCAGCAUUAACAAUAGAGUACCACAUGUAACUGUUAUUGGUAGACACAUAACAUAGUGUUAGGCAAAGGGGAAACCACAGAAUGCAAAAUGUACGUGGAAUGCAGAGGAAACGAGUACUGAUGUAUGACUUGCCCUCAUGGGUAGAGUUCCACCACAGGGAUAUUUCUGGGGAUCACGUAAUCUCUGAAUAUGCCUGAGACAGGCAGUUUGCAAGAUUGGGAUACAAAUUAAGCUAUAAAAUCGCCUCUGAAGCUUUGCACUUUUUCUAUUUUGAUAGACAUAUGUUUUUUAAUUACUGAUGAGGUGAAAAAAUGUAGUUUGAACUAACAUACAAGGAGUCUCACUGUGCGUUUUACAGCCCAGAAAUGGGCAUAUGGGGAUAUUUUAACUUUUAAACAUCUGAAAGUAUUUACAGAAUUCAUAGUACUCUUCACAUUUUAAUAUCAGGUUUACAGUUUUCAAUUAAAAUGCUGUUCUCAUA